AUGGCAAGCUCCAAGUUCAUUGGGGCUAUUCUUAUUGCUUUGUUGCUUGUGGAGGUUUCAUUUGCUGCUAGGGUUAGAAACGGAUUAUUAGGUGCAAGAGGAGGUGGUGGUGGCGGCGGUGGUGCUGGUGGAGGAGGAGGUGGUGCUCGUGGCUCUGGAUAUGGAUCAGGAUACGGGUCUGGCGGAGGUGAAGGGUAUGGUGGAGCACUAGGAGGAGGAGGUGGUGGUGGCGGCGGCAGAGGAGGAGGUGGAGGAGGUGGUGGUGGGUCUAAUGGUUCAGGAUACGGGUCUGGUUAUGGAUCCGGGUAUGGUUCUGGAUAUGGGUCGGGUAGUGGAGGAAGAGGUGGUGGUGGAGGCGGAGGAGGUGGAAGAGGUGGAGGUGGAGGAGGUGGUGGAGGCUCAAAUGGCUCUGGUUAUGGCUCUGGCUAUGGCUAUGGCGAGGGAAGUGGUUAUGGCAGUGGCGGAGGAAGAGGUGGUGGCGGUGGUGGAGGAGGAGGUGGAGGUAGCGGUGGUGGUGGUGGUAGGUAUGGAGGUUCUGGCUAUGGUAGUGGCUCUGGCUAUGGAUCAGGUUAUGGGUCAGGAUACGGCGGCGGAGGAGACGAUGACGGUGGAUUCCGCCCUUAA